GUCGAUUGGCUCGCGUUCGGUGGCAAGUAGUACAGUUGGCGGUGACUCACAACCUGCCACGCCAUCCUUCCAGGAACCUGCCGAGGAAGAGACGAAGAGGCGAAAAAAGUUUUCCAAAACGUUCCCAAGCUGGACCGCACCAUGACAGAUGUGUACAGUGACGAGCUCUACAGCCCGCACUUCACCAUUACCUCUGCAUCUCCCCAACCACAAGCGCAUACUGCCAUGUCACCUACCAGCGGCGUUUUCGCUGAGCGCCUUGCUUUGGCCAAUACUCAACACCUGAGUGCCGUGCAAUCUCCUGUGUCGAGCACUUCACGUACCAACUCGCCCUUCCGUCAGGGAUCGCCGUUGGCACCCUCGUUGAACGAUUUCUCGCAGAAUGCACCUCAGAUACGCUUGAACUCGGCCCAGCAGAUGCGCGAGAAGCAAAAGCAGGAGCGUGAUGCUCGGGCUCUUCAGGAGCAGCUGAGCCGUACUGCCAAUCAGCAGCAUGGCACGCCGAGCACCAUCUCGCCCAAGGAUGCAAUGCUCGACUUCAACGAUUCUGAUGAAUGUGCAGACUUCCCGCUCUUCCCACCUCAGGAGACGAGCACCUUCGACUUGAACCAGCUCAGCAAGGUCGUUCCCCAGCAACGGCAACAGCAACAGCAACAGCAACAGCAACAGCAACAGCAACAGCAACAGCAACAGCAACAGCAACAGCAACAGCAACAGCAACAGCAACAGCAACAGCAACAGCAACAGCAACAGCCGCAACAGGUGGCCCAGAUACAGCAGAGGACCCCACUUCAGACUGCAUUCGAUUUCAGUAUGCCGACGAAUGUUCAGUUGCCGCAGCAGUAUCCGUUCAUAUCGCGGUCUCGUCAGCACCAGGCCACCCCUUCUGUGUCCAGCUUCACGCGCAUGAGCUCUGCCGACACCAGCGGCUCCAAUGGUAGUGACACUGGGGUGCAAAGACCAGCCAGAACUACUGCAGAUGGCGGAACAUACACCUGCACGUAUCACGGAUGCACUCUACGAUUCGACACUCCACAGCUACUACAGAAGCACAAGCGUGAGGGUCACCGCCAAGCAAAUGCGCUGACGCCCACGAAGCCGGUCGCACCCUCACCUGGUAUUCCGGACACCCUCCUUGGUAGCCAAGCAGGACCACAUCGUUGCGACCGCAUCAACCCGAGCACGGGAAAGUCUUGCAAUACGGUGUUUUCACGACCCUACGAUCUUACUCGUCACGAGGAUACAAUUCACAAUGCACGCAAGAGAAAGGUGCGCUGCAAUCUCUGCACCGAGGAAAAGUCGUUCAGCAGAGCCGACGCGCUCACCAGACAUUACCGCGUCUGCCACCCAGAUGUCGAGUUCCCGGGCAAGCACCGCAGACGGGGUGGUUCUGCAGCAUGAUCCUCAUGAUGGUUUGUCAGCGAUAUCCUAGCAACUAGCACAUUCGGUCAUGGGGGUAGUUCUGGUCUGUUUCCCCCGAUCGUCGCAUCUGGAUGCUGCAGUUGGGCACGGGAGUGGAGACGACAUGCAGCCAUUGAGCAAUUCAGGGUCCAACGCCAACGUCAAUAUGCAGGGACUUUGACGGGGCUACGCGACGACUAGGCCGGGAAUGGGAAGAUCUGCGGGUUUGCACGUUCCUUUUCCUCACAUACCCACUCAAUUUGGUUUGGUGGGGCAGAUCCGGCGUUCCCCAAUGACGUCAAGCUGGAUCAGCUUGGAUCGAGCCAACGAAAGUCUGCAUCACCACCGACAUCAUCGCCCGACU